UUUUGCAUUCCAUGGGUUCCCUGAAUAAGUUGUAUGACAUGCUAAUACUGGUUAAACAACAUUGCUGAUUUUGUAGGCCAAACUGCGUUGAAUGUGUCCGGCACGGCGUCUCAAUCCACUGCAACCAAAGAUAACAUAGACAGCAAUUCAGGGGAGAAAAGACUUCCGCCCAAGGGAAGCCGACCAAGGUUCAAGCCACAAUUAUCCUGCACUUUUUGCAGGGCACGGAAGUAUGCGAGCCAGAUCACUUGAUUAAAUUUACACUAACGCACCCAGACUAAAACGUGACUGUUUCUCGCCAUGCAACAAUUGCUCCAAAAGAGACUUAUCGUCGUCGUGCACAUACGUCCACAAUUCACGUGAGAAGGCAUCUCAAAUCCAAAGGGUCAGAGAGAGCAAAGGAUGUUCAAGAACGGAUCAAAAGUUUUAGAGGACCUGGUUGUUGCUUUGAUGAACUGAACGAAAGAUACAAAAGCAACAUCGGCUGUCUUAUCAGGAUUUCACCGCUCUGCAAUCAGGCCUCGAGAACUUUCAUGGCCAGAUGAUACUACUAUUUCUGAAAGUGUGGAUUCUAUUGGACGUAUAUCUGUUGACGAUGAGAUGCAGAACUACGUUGGUGGUGCCCAUUGGACGGCGAUUCUCGAGAACGUAUGCCUCUUUCUUGGGAUGAGUCUUCAGUAUGGAUCUGACAUUACCUUAGAUAGCUGGCUUGAAGGACCCAUUGAAAUCCGAGGAGUGGCCGCAGGGCAUAGCGAGCGGGAAGAAUAAAUAUGAAGGACCCGAGCUGCUUUUUGGAGAUAGAACGAAGGCUUCGAGGGAAUCUAUUCUCGCUUGUCUCCCAUCCAAGCCUCUGGCUGAUAAUUUGGUUGAACGCUACUUCACUGCGAUCGAUGCUUCCUGUAAGGUAGCACUACGUGGAAAUGGAAAUGAUUACUAAAACGUAGUAGUUAUCACUCAUGCUCCGACUUUCAAGAAGGAGGUAAGAAUACUGCUAAAAUCAAACUUGGUUCUGUCCAGUUAACUCUUCUGUAGUAUGCCGAGUUUUGGGACAAUCCCAGUUCAAAAUCAAUUUCCUGAAUUGGAUUACUAUUUGGAUAAUUUGCCUGUCUGCAAACUUUGAGUUAAUGAUAAGAGAUGCCCACUGCUUGCACUGUCAGACAUGGCUGUACGCGAAACGGAACAGCGGAUCAAAGUAUAUGGCGAGAAAACGGUGCAGUGCCUCGUGACCAGUAAUUACACUGAACCCUGACUGUAUACUGUCGACACCCUUUUACUCUAUUGCAUCAGUGAGUAUCUCCAAAACAAAGACGCACACAUUGGAACUUGGAUGGUUUUUGGAAUGGUUAUCCGUGCAGCAAUGCGAUUGGGCAUGCAUCGAGAUGCGUCCCACUAUCCUAAUGUAUCAGUUUUCCGUGGUGAAAUGCAACGCCGACUCUAGGAUGCGAUAUUAAUUACUGAUAUUCAGUCUUCGUGUCAAGUUGGGCUUCCUCGAAUGAUAAGCCAAGGGAUGUAUGAUACAAAGCCCCCUAGCCACAUCCUAGAUCAAGACCUCGAUGAAAAUAUGGUAGUAUUGCCACCUAUAACGACAGACUACGAACGAUCCGCGAUUGGCCAUGCAACUUUUAAGUAUCGUCUUGUUCUAAUAUUUAGAAAGAUAUUUGAUGCGUCAAAUCUUGUUACUCCUAUUUCCUAUGAUGAAGUCAUGGGCCUGGAAAAAUUGCUUCUUGAUGCUCUCGAGGAAAUUCCAGAGUAUUUUCAAGCCAGAUCCAUUCACGUCCUCAAUAGCGGGUCUAUAUCACAGAAGGUUAGGGGGUUCUCAAUUGAAAUGACCUAUCUUAAAUCUCGAUGUUUUCUCCAUCGCAAAUUUCUCUCAGAAGCCGAAUCAUUACAGAAACACUCUUAUUCUGUCAAAGCGUGCGUUGAUUCUUCAAUACUAAUUCUACAAUAUCAAAAUUAUAUGACCAAUGAGACAGCCCCGGAUCGUCCGUUGCACGGCAUGAAAUGGAUUGCAUCUUCUUUGAUGACUUACGAUUUCCUCUUGGCUGCAACUCUUCUUUGCCUCUAUCUAGGGCAGUUGAUGGCAACCGAGGGAAAACCUAUGCUAGGCCUCUAGAGUUUCCAAUUGACUGGACCAAGGAAGAUAUUUUGCACGCCUUGCUCAAAUCUUACCAUAUUUGGAAUAAUCCCAAGCUUUCCUCGGAAGAUACUAAGAAGUUUUCGAAGGUACUAAAAGCCAUGCUGAACAAGGUUGGUCAUUAGUCUACGGCAGAUAAGGCCCAGGCCCAGGCCGAGGCCUCAGAGGAGGUAACAGACAAGGCUAACUCUAGUAUAUCACCACCUUAACACCGGGAGGUUCUUUCUGCUAACCCUACCGCACAAAGUCUACCUUCCAAAUCAUGGUCUUUUGAACAUGUAUUCCUUAUCACCAAGUAAUUUUGCAGACAGUCCAAGUGACUCCUCUACCAAUAUUGGUAUGAUAGGAGACAUUUUGAAUGACCCGACAGGCCUCGAUUGGGUAAGUGAAAAGAAAUUCCAAAUUUGAUAGAUACUAAUUAGGAUGUACAGAGCCUCUGGGAUAGCAAUUUCCAAGGGAGCAACACAUAUAUUAAUGCAGGAUCAUCACUUUGAGCUACUGACCCGUACUUUCCGUUUCAGGCAGCUGGAUUUGAACCAACAGGGAAGGCAAUCAAUGAUCACUAAUUAAGUGGCCAAGAUUAGCUGAUUACCAAUGCAUGGCUUGUCCAAAGCUUAAUUAUAGGGUGCAUUCAGUAAACCAGUUUCCAAGAAAGCUUAAGGUUCCCAAUGCAACAUAAGCGGGGCAUUUUAUCAUUGGUUGGUGAUAGUAGGUUCGCGUGUAGCACACGCUUCUUGCAUGAUCUGGGGUACGACAACUAUCAAUUGAAAAUCUGGUAAUUUGAAUUUUAC